AUGCGCCGAGCAACAUUGGGCGUUGCCGCAUUGAUGGCAGCCACUACCAAUGGCGCUUCUCUCACCGACAUCUGCUCCGUUUCAAAGAUUCAGAGCGCUCUCCCAGCGGACGGCGAUCUCCUCGGCAUCGACAUGGUUGCCUCCAGUGUCACAGCCAGCCCAGUCUAUAAUGCUACGACCGGUGGUGGUGGAGCCGGGGGUGGCGGCGGCGGCAGCGGAACUACCUACAACUACUGCAAUGUGACUGUCUCAUAUGCUCAUACCGGGAGGAGCGAUACAGUCGUGCUCAAGUACGCAUUCCCCGAACCGUCCAGCUUUAAGAACCGUUUCUACGUUGCUGGUGGAGGCGGCUUCUCCCUGUCCAGCGACGCUACAGGCGGUCUUGCGUAUGGGGCUGCUGGAGGUGCCACAGACGCAGGAUAUGACAGCUUCAGCACCAGCUAUGACGAGGUCGUUUUGUAUGGAAACGGUUCCAUUAACUGGGAUGCAACUCACAUGUUCGGGUAUCAAGCCUUGGGUGAGAUGACAAAAGUGGGCAAGGCAGUCACGAAGAAUCUGUAUGGACUGGACACCGACGCCAAGGUUUACACCUAUUACGAGGGAUGCUCCGACGGUGGAAGAGAAGGCAUGAGCCAAGUUCAACGCUGGGGCGAUGAGUACGAUGGUGUCAUUGCCGGCGCUCCCGCUUUCCGUUUCGCACAGCAGCAAGUGCUCCAUGUCCUCUCCUCGGCCGUAGAGCACACGCUGGACUACUAUCCUCCCCCCUGUGAGCUCGCCAAGAUCGUCAAUGCUACAAUUUCUGGCUGUGACGCUCUUGACGGUCGAACAGAUGGGGUGGUGUCCCGCACAGACUUAUGCAAGCUCCAAUUCGACUUGAAGUCCGUCAUCGGCCAGUCCUACUCCUGCGCCGAGAAGAACUCGACCUCGCUUGGUUAUGGAUUCAACAAGCGGAGCGAUGGCCUAUAUAAGCGACAGGCGCCAGGGAGCUCGACUUCUUACCAACCAGCUCAGAAUGGAACCGUUUCUGCUGAGGGGGUUGCGGUUGCUCAAGCAAUUUAUGAUGGUCUGUUCAACUCCGAGGGGCAACGCGCCUACCUCUCAUGGCAGAUAGCUUCCGAACUUGGUGAUGCUUCUGCUACCUGGAACGAUGAGACUAAUGCCUGGGAGCUGAGCAUCCCGUCCACUGGAGGAGAGUAUGUCACCAAGUUCGUGCAGCUACUCGAUCUCGAUAACUUGUCCAAUCUUGACAACGUGACAUAUGACACUCUUGUCGACUGGAUGAAUACCGGAAUGAUUAGGUAUAUGGAUAGUCUGCAAACUACCCUCCCCGACCUUAGCCUCUUCCAGUCCUCGGGAGGCAAGCUCCUCCACUACCACGGAGAAUCCGACUCCAGCAUCCCGGCAGCUUCUUCAGUCCACUACUGGCAGUCAGUCCGGUCCAUCAUGUACCCCAAGCUGAACGACGAGGAUGCGCUCAAUGCCCUUCAGGACUGGUACCAAUUCUACCUGGUCCCUGGUGCCGGCCACUGCGGAAGCAACAGCCUCCAGCCUGGACCUUAUCCCCAGAACAACAUGGACAUCAUGAUUGAUUGGGUGGAGAACGGCAACAAGCCCAGUCGACUGAAUGCAACUGUGUCGUCUGGCACCAAUGCGGGUGAGACUCAGAUGCUUUGCCAGUGGCCCACGCGUCCCCUCUGGCAGGAUAACAGCGACGAGUUCCAGUGCGUUGAUGACCAGGAGUCUAUUGAUAGCUGGACCUACAGCUUCCCGGCAUUCAAGAUACCUGUAUACUAA